AUGAUGCCUCCAGAUGCUGUCGUCACCAAUGAGCCGCCUCAGUCUGGCAUCUUGAGCCGAUCGAAUACGAACGAUCAAUGGACACCCAACACUGUCCUCUCAACCCUUCCCGAACAACCACCAGUCAACCCAUCCUCGCCUCUUCCAUUCUUCCACAUCCUCGAGCGCCUGAAAACGACGAAGCGCGAAGGCUGGCGGCGAUUCGACAUCAAUCAUGGAGAAUCCAUUUCAGAUCAUAUGUACCGAAUGUCCAUCAUCACGAUGCUGUGCCCGCCAAGUCUGUCGUCUCGAAUAAACAUUGCCCGAUGCACUCAAAUGGCGCUGAUCCACGACAUGGCUGAACUACUCGUUGGAGACAUCACACCCGUAGACGGAGUGAGCAAGAGCGAGAAGUCGCGGAGAGAAGCCGAUACCAUGGACUAUCUGACUAACAACCUGCUCGGCCACGUGUAUGGGGGCAAGAACGGUCAGCAGAUCAGGGAAAUCUGGCAAGAGUAUGAAGACUCGCAAACAGAGGAAAGUCAAUUCGUACACGAUGUUGACAAGAUGGAGCUACUGCUGCAAAUGCUGGAAUACGAGAAGUCUUCUGAAGGCAAGAUGGAUUUGGGCGAGUUCAGCAGAGUUGCGAAGCGCAUUGUACUACCCGAAGUGCAGCAGUGGGCGGCAGAACUGCUCGAAGAUCGGAACGCGUACUUCAAAAAGCUGGGCAAGACACCCUCAGGCGUGAGCGAUAUCAGCGAAGAGAGAAAGAAGCAACAGGACGAAUACUAUGGCAAUGGCGUCGUCAACGGAGCCGCGGCUCACUGA